UUUCAAUUUUGUAUUCAAUUUGCGACAUUCAUAACUCAUAAGUAUGUAUGCCGACCUACUUUUAUAUAUUUUGUCAUUCUGAGAGCAAGAUUGGGUAAUUGAAUAGAAGAAUUUAUUAAUUUCUAUCAAGAUGUGUAAUAUAAGCGAUAUUAAACAUAAUAACUUUACAGGUAAGAACACAAGAAAUGAAUGACAGUAUGUAUAAUUUUUAACCAUUGUGAGCAAACGUGAUCACGGAGCAUUUUCAGUUUUACAAUGGCAAUUUUUCAAAUUCCUACUUGUGUAAAAAUUGUGACUGCAAUUAUUUGGCUGAAAGCUAGCAUAAGUGCAAUAUAAUUUGCGACUGCAUUGCCGAAUGCUGUUGCUGUAAAUAUUGCCAAAUUAAUGCCAGUGCAAUAGACUAAAAGUUUAAUUAAAAAAGUUCUAAAAAGUCCAAAGGUUUAAAAAAUUUCUGCUGCGUCUACAUUUAGGCGAACAUUUCGUCAAGCAUUUCGACUUCAUCUCUUCUCUUGAACGGCAAUUGCAAGCCUCUUGCGUUCAAAAUGCACAGAUCUUAAUAUCUCAAACGACAAGCGUGUUCACAGCCAAAUUGGUUGAUCUAUUAAAUGUACCAGCUGGUGGAUUUGUAUGGUAACAAAUUAACAGUGGCAAAGCUAGCCAUAGCGCCAGGUCAUACUGUGCAAAUUUUUAAUGAUUUAUUAGUAUAGCAUGACCAGAGUUGCCAAGGCUAGCUUCACCACUACGAAUUAAUGGAACGUAUCAUCCGUUUACUUGGCAAAACUUUGCCCAGAUCUUUGGUAAGACCGGAUCUUUGCAUGAUUUGGCCAACUAGCUUACAAAAAUAUUUGCAGUGGUACAUCUAUGCACUGUGAUUUAGGUAACAGUCAAGUUGAUCGCUGGUAAAACUGUAAACGUUCUUCCUUUAUAGAAUUUAACGAUGCCGAAGUACAGGUGGCUGCCUCGCUAUUUUGGGUAGAUGGAUGUCUCUGUGUUUUGUUUGCUCUGCUGACACACUUUAACUACACAAGGUUUGCCUAAAAGCUAGUUCAAAUGAACAUUGCCCUUAUCAAGGGCUUGUUCACAUUGACACAUGGAAAGUAUAGGCAAUGAUAACAUUAUAAUCAAGAAUUUCUGUGUUUUAAUUUGGUGUGAUUAUUUUCCUGCACAGAGUGACAGUUCUAAACUAUUCAGUAUGUACACCAGCGACAUCAAAUAUGCAGUGGAUAUGGUUUUUUAUCUUUACUGCACUGAGGUAACAAUAAACAUUAUUAUAUAUCAAUAGUCAAAGUCGCAUUUUUCUAGUGUUUUAUUGGUUGAGAGCAUAUCAUGUGAGAGUGACGAAAUUAGGCUGUCUCCCUCGCAACAGCGCGACAGGGAGAUAAUACGUUAUCGACCGGCGAAUAACAAAAAAAAUCACGUGCGCCAUCACAUGAAGAUGCGACCUUUGGACAUGCCUAGUACGUAAUUAAAACUUUCGCUUUAAGUAACUGCAGUGUGGCCAGUGUUUAAUAUAACGUUUUAACAAUAAAAUAUUUCAUGUAUUUACGUUCAUUUGUUCUUUAAUUCGUUGUUUCUUUGACUAUUGAUAUAUAAUAAAACACUUAUUUACUGAGACCUCGGGAAAGCAGUGUGUUUUGUGGACCCUCGACCGUCGAUGUUUCCCUCGGCUUCGCCUCGGGAAACAUCGACGGUCUCGGGUCCACAAAACACACUGUUUCCCUCGGUCUCAGUAAAUAAGUGAUAAUUAACUACUUUUUGUUAAAGGUGAUCUACAGUCCGAUCUGCGCAUCAGUGCACAAAGGAGCCCACUUUUUAUGAUACAAACAGUUUAACUAUGUUUUGGGUUCUUGCAAAGCCUGAUUGUUGUUUCUUGAUCAUUUAUUAUUCUCUAGAAGCUUGAAAAUAUAAAUAGUUGUCGAAUAAAGCUCAAUAUUUUGGAUGCAAAAAUGUAAACAAAGGCUUUGUUUACAUACAGACUGUAGAUCACCUUUAAGGGUGCUGAUAUAUAUUGAUGUGAUUGGCCAAUUAACCAAUCUGCCGAUUAUUGGCUUCUACCAAUUAAUUUCCAAUUAUUGGCUCAUCCCUAACUUUUGCUGUGUUUCUACUAGUAGAUAGCUCUGUUAUCAUGGCAUUCUGCUUUUAAACUGGUUUCAAAACUUUUUUUUAUUAUCAAGUUCAAUUAUGAGUGGUCUAAACUUGUGGCUUAAUAGAGAAUUAAACAAACUGUACCGGUACCCAGUGAUAACUGGUAAGUUACAGUGCUUAGAUGCAUGAAAAUAUUUCCAACUAACCAGAGAAGACAUAGUCACAGAAUAAAGACAUACAGAAGUGUAACUUCCAUUACAAAACCGUAAGGCCUUUUUUACCGAAAUAGCUGGCGGCCAUGUUCUUAGCAAGUGCCCUAAAGAGAGGCAUUCACCCCCCUGGAAUAUUAAAUUUUCAACAUGUUUUCAGGGGAGUGACUGCCUCUCUUUAGGGCACUUGCUAAGAACAUGGCGGACUGAAAAAAUCCCUUACGCACUUUUAAUAAGAAGAUACACUUCUGUAUGUCUUUAUUCUGUGACAUAGUACUUCCGUUGUAGUGUUGCCUGCUGGGAUACAUGUAUGCAUAGUGUACCUAUUUUUAUGUUCAAGUGCAUUUAUAUUCAAGAAAUAGCUUUUAAUUGUUUUCUUUAAACUGUACCAAGAAUUAUGAAGCUUUUGUUGCAUUUACAACAACCACAAUCGAAAAAAGAAAGAUAUUACUUCCAGAUAGUAUGCUUCCUAAAGUAAAAAUGCACAAGUUAAUUGUAACAAACCUGCAGCAGACUUGUAGCAAUGCUGUUCCACAAACUUGUCAACAGGAUGUGUUCGCACUGCUUGUACCCAGCUUGUCAACAACUUGUUACAAGGUUGUUGAGCUUACCAGACUUGUUAGAAGUUGUAAUUAGUGACAACCUUGUAGCAACUUGAUAAUAUAACAACAUUGUUAGUUUUGUUACAACUUGUUGACAAGCUUGCUACAAGCCUGUUACAAAAACAUCGUGUCAACAAGUUGUGCAAUUUUUACAUGACAGUAUAUUUUUUGCUAAAAGCAUUGAGACAUUUUACAAUGAUGUUUAUAAUCAUUUUUAAAACAUUAAUUUAUUUUACAGGUUGGUUUGCAAAUCUGUUUAGUGUAAGUUAUAUAAUCAUGUGUCAAGCAUAUCAAUUUAUUAUUAUUAUUGACUCGAAUUAAACAAUUGUUGUUGAUGUACAGGUUUAUUUGUUUAAAAUCUUGUAAUUACCAUGUUUAAUUAACAUCUUGUAAUUACCAUCUUGUAAAGUUUUGUAAUUACCAUGCAGAUAUUGUCAUUGGUUUUUGCUGUUAAGUAUCAGUGGAAAUGCAGAGAGGAAGGUUAGAUAUGAGAUGUUUCUCACUUUCUUGUCAUCAAAGUGAAUUUAAUAUGCAGAUGCAUGGGGAGUUGUCUCUAUGACACAUAGUUAACAGAUGCUAGGCCAAAAAACAAAAUAACUUUAACCAUUAAUAUGCAAACUAUUCCCAAAAUUGUAUUGCACUAAAAAGAGUAGAAUAAUAAAAGUAAUAAAGUAGGGCACAUUGGGGUACAUUGCAACUUAAUGGGUUAACAAUUGCAGGACACAUUAGCAGUGGAAGAUCUGCCUGGAGUAAAAUCGUCUGGCAUAUAUAGGACAAAGUAAAAUAUAACAAAGUAGGUGCAUUUUGGGGGCAUUGCAAUUGAAAAUCUGAUAAACAUUUCUUACUGCACUCUGUAUUAAAAUUAUGAUUACCCACACUCCCACAGUCAAGGAAACUUUUCAGCUUGCCCCGUGUGGACUCAGAGACAACAUCACAAACAUAUAUCUUCACCUGAGUGCAACACCAGAAACAGAAACAUUCAGGAGCGGUAAAUGUUCAAAACAUUUCUGAUUUUCAGCGUACAAUGACAUGACGACUACGAGCGUGGAAGAAACGACACCUAUUCUGUUUCAACAGAAUGGAAUGAAUGUUUUCUUGGUGAGUCAUCAAGUCAAUACUGUUGGUCCAAAAAUGUGAGGGGAUUCAAUGAUUAUAGGGUUAGGGUUCUGGUCUGUUUCCCGCACCAUAUCUUGAUUAUAGCUACAUAUUUUAGGUGAAGUAAUAGCUGCACAAUACAAUAUAAUAUCAAUAGACACAUGUGACAUGGAUUUAUUAUUCUGCUCUAGAGACCAUCUAAGGCUGAUGUAUUCUUUGUGGGACUGUUUUUACUUUCUGCUGGAUUUUUUAUCGCGGCUUGGAUAGAGCCAAUAGAGGACAAGUAUUACAUUCUUUUUUUGAGUAGCUUCAAUAAUCUCUCGCUUCAUGAGAAUCUCACUUCAGUACCUUUCUUUAGAUAUAUAUAAUGCUCAUCUUCUUUUAAUACUGUACAUGAGUAAAAAUCUUACAGCUUGUCAACAAGACGUGUUCGUACUGCUUGUUCCCAGUUGUUGACAAGUCUGGAACAAGUUGUUAUCAUCUUGUAACAAGGUUGAUGAAGCCACCAGACUCGCAAGUUGUUCCAACAAGUCUGAUAUCGUCUGCACGUAACAAGUUGUUAACACGUUGAUGACAACAAGCUCGUAGCAACUUGUUGCUAUAUAUCUAUCUUGCAAACAGCCUGUUUUUGUCUUGUUGGAACAACUUGUAGCAAGUCUGUUACCGUCAUCAACCUUGUAACAAGGCGAUAACAACUUGUUCCAGACACAGACUCAGAUACAGACCUGUAUCACAACAACUGGGAACAAGUUGUUCCCCGAAUUUAGUUUUAUAAUUAUAUUCAUGCUUUCCACUCUUUUUCAAGGAAUUUAUUUUAUUGGAUUGCACAUAGUUUCAUGUGGCUACUCCAGCUCGUAAUUUUCCUCAUGAUACUGAUAAUACAUUGUACUAUGACUCGAGAUGGACCUUCCGUGUUUAUCAAGGUAUUGAUUUAUUAAUAAUAAUAAUCACAUCAUGUAUGUAAUUACGAUACGCAUUGAACUGAUGAGGUUGCGAGGCUGGUACUCCUAUGCAUCUUAACCCAGCCAGUCAGGAAAGCUCGAGUACACACGUAAAAAUGCACAAGUUGUAACAAACCUGCAGCAGACUUGUAGCAAUGCUGUUCCAACAACUUGUCAACAGGAUGUGUUCGCACUGCUUGUUCCCAGCUUGUUGACAACUUGCUACAAGGUUGCUGAGCUCAACAGACUUGUUACAAGUUGUUCCAAUAACUUUUUAUCGUCCUGCAAUUCAACAAUUUGUCAACAAGUUGUGAGUGACAACCUUGUAGCAACUUGAUCAAAUAGCAGUAUUGUUACAUCUUGUUGACAAGUUUGCUACUAACCUGUUGCGAACACAUCUUGUUGACAAGUUGUGAAAUUUUUAAGUGUGUACCCAGAGAUAAACCCUCUGUAAUCACAGAAGAGAACCGACCAUAACUCUACGUAGAUGCACACACGCCCAGUACAGGCUACAGUCGUAAAGAUUACGAAAUCAAGCUUAUUCACAUAUUUUCUAUUUAUUUUAAGUGUGUUCUAAUGGCAGGCGUAAUCUUCAACUCGCUGUCGGAUAUACCAGCGAACGUUUGGCUAAACUGCAUUUUGAAUCGCAACAAAGACGCAAAAGGUUUGUGGAUUUCUGUCUGGUGUUAAUAUGAAAUAAAAACCUCGAACGAAUAAAUCUGAAAAAUCCAGAAAUCCCAGUCUCUCUUCGACGUCACACAUGUAAAAAUCUCACAACUUGUCAACAAGAUGUGUUCGCAACAGGCUUGUAGCAAGCUUGUCAACAAGUUGUAACAAUGCUGUUAUUUUAUCAAAUUGCUACAAGGUUGUCACUCACAACUUGUUGACAGAUUGAUGAAUUGCUGGACGAUAACAAGUUGUUGGAACAACUUGUAGCAAGUCUGUUGAGCGCAACGACCUUGUAUAGCAAACAGCAUUUCUACAAAUCUGCUACAGGUUUGUCACAACUUGUGCGUUUCUUACGUGUAUAUAUACCAGCUGAAAAUCUUGAUUUUUUCGUCUGAUAUAAAUUUAACACCUGUCGUAACAUAUUGCAUGGGGCAUUAUUGAGUUGUGAAUAAUUUCUAUAGACUAUACAACAUUAAUGCAUUGUAAUCUCUCUUGUAAAGGUCCAUGUUAUGAUGGUUUUGUUGGGCUUAUUUUACUAUCGCACGUUGCAUUCUUCUUCGUCAUGAAAACUGAAUUUCGACGACUCAGAGAUGUAAGUCAUGUUGAGAAAUAGUCAUAUAGUAUUUAAUUUUUCUUUGAAAUAGUUCAACCGGACAUUGUUGCAGAAAAGAUUGUAGAAAAACGAUUUAUUGCUAAAAUCCUAAAUUAUUAUAUUGUAGAAACUUCGUCAAAUUAUUUUCAAAUUUUAUUUACUCAUUCAAAUAUAUUGCAAAGCCAAAAGUUAAAUAUAUUAGCAUGUAUAUUUUAUACCAGGCUUUAUGUAAAUAAAAUUAAAAGAUGGUAAAAUUAACAAAAGGUGAAUGUUUUAGACGAAGUUUUCCAUGAAAUUCAACCUUUUAAAUUUCCUUUGUCAUAGAAUCUGUGAUGCCUGAUGGCUAUAAAGCAUUGCUAUUAAACAUGUUCUCUCUGAACACGGGAUUUCUAUUUCUCUACACAUGCAGGUUGCAAUAUGGCACGUGGCUGACAGAAUAGACAAUCUCGAAACAAAUCAAUCAAAACUGCAAAAACGAUGAUGUGCUGUACUCGUUCAUUUAAUACAAGUUUGGAGAAAUAUAUUACACACGUAAAAUCUCACAACUUAACAAAAUGUGUUCGCAACAGGCUUGUAGCAAGCUUGUCAACAAGUUGUAUAACAAUGUUGUUAUUUUAUCAAGUUGCUACAAGGUUGUCACUCACAACUUGUUGACAAAUUGAUGAAUUGCAGGACGAUAACAAGUUGUUGGAACAACUUGUAACAAGUCUGUUGAGCUCAACAACCUUGUAGCAAGUUGUCAACAAGCUGGGAACAAGCAGUGCGAACACAUCCUGUUGACAAGUUGUUGGAACAGCAUUGCUACAAGUCUGCUCUGCAGGUUUGUUACAACUUGUGCGUUUUUAUACGUGUGUAGUUUAGUGUUACAUUGCAUGCGCUUAUUAGUAUGCAAUAUUGUGCAACAACUUUAAUACAAAAACAUUUUAAUACAUCCUAAUUAUUAAGUCUCAGGGUGCGAUAAUUCGCGUACUUACAGAGGUACGACAAUAUUCCAGUCUGCAUGGUAUAUACUUCUUGUUUACAGCCAAGUAUAGGUAUCUGCAUAUACUUACAUCUUGCUGGUACCUUAUUAAUAUAUGACCAGCAAACUUUUCAAGGUAUUCAAAAGUCCAAAACCGCUAUUAGUAGGUAUAUGUGAACUGUGACCUGUCUGGAUUUAUCGCACCAUCAAUUAUCUAACUAUUAGUAAGACGAUUGGCUGAUCCUCCAAUUACCUGUAAGGGAAAAAAUGUAAUAAUUCAUUUUUUCAGUUCGAAAUUCGUUUCAAUUUAAGUGACCGGUUAAAUAUUUAACACACAACUUUAAGUUGUAAGUUAUUUGUGAGUGAUAAAAUACUUUUACCCACAAAAAUUUGUUUGUAAUUGAUGUAUAUAACAAUUCUAGUAAUUAAAGAUCAUUAAUGUGAAUCAGCUUGUAAAUAUGGUGGAUAUAGUGUGUUAGUAUUUUGCUAGUGUGAGACUUAUGUUUAUUAAAAGGCUAUCAUAUUAAACUUAUAUAGAAAAAAUUCUAGUAAAAAUAAGCCCCAAUUAGAGUUUUCUCUUGAAUUAAACAAACGUUGGGACCCCCGCAAUUUAAUAAAAAUUCACUAUGUAAAUAAAUAAAUAAAUAAAUAAAUAGAUAUAGUAUGAAGGUGAUAAAUUCUGUCAAUUGUGAUUCAGAUAUACUUACUUUGUCC